CGUCGUGUUCUCUGGUAGUCUGCUGCGGGACCAGGACAGACAGCUGAGGGGGGCCUGAAUGUCCAACCGGGACGGUCGGUGGUCUACCGCGAACUCAAAAGCACGAUUUACAGGUCUUCACAGUUGACUGAUGAGCAGCCAGUAGGACCGGGAUUAGGCUACACCGAUUGGCACAGCGGGUCAGCAGUGCCAGACAAGACGAUUGGAGGAGAGACAACGUAGUUGCAGAACUGCUGGUGCUCACUAGUGGUUAGCCUUAGCGUACUUCAGGCAGCAGAGAGGAAGAAGGAGGGCUUGGCGAUGGUCACAGCUAUGGAGGACGCCUGUCCCAAUGGGGUACGGGAAGAGGAGGAGGUGACGGCCCCGGGACAGCCUGGCGCGGAGGGGCCCCCUACAGUGCCGUCCACCCAGGGAACAGAUACGUCUGGAGCCAUGCAGCAGGUGUCGGAUCAUCCUCGGGAGCUGCCCACCUCCACGGGCGCCAAAGACAUCGACCUUCUCUUCCUGCGCGGCAUCAUGGAAAGUCCCACUGUACGUCUCCUGGCUCAGGCUCACGAGCAGCUAGAGGAAGUGAAGCUGGAGGCGGUGCAGGACAACAAUGUGGAGCUGGUGACGGAUAUCUUGGGAGAGAUAAACAAUCUCAAGUUGCAAGACAACAGUGCGGCCGAACUGUCCAGGAUCCUCCAGGAGCCACACUUCCAGUCUCUACUGGAGGCACACGACAUGGUGGCUUCUAAGUGCUACGAAGUCCCGCCCCCGACCGACAUGACCAAUGAUGCGGCAGUGAACAACGCGCUGAUGCAGGCCGACGCUGUGCGCAUGAUUGGCAUCCGAAAGAAGGCCGGAGAGCCACUGGGCGUGACAUUUCGUGUGGAGAAAGACGACCUUGUCAUCGCUCGAAUCCUUCACGGGGGCAUGAUUGACAGGCAGGGUCUCCUCCAUGUGGGCGACAUCAUAAAGGAAGUGAACGGGAAGGACGUCGGCAACAACCCCACGGAGCUGCAGGAGAUGCUCAAAGACUGCAGCGGAGGAAUCACGCUGAAAAUACUCCCGAGCUACCGAGACGCUCCCGCCGCCCCGCAGGUGUACGUGCGGCCAUACUUCGACUACAGCCCACUAAGUGACAACCUGACCCCUUGCAGAGAGGCGGGGAUGGCCUUCAAGAAAGGGGACAUUCUUCAGAUUGUCAACAGAGAGGAUCCCAACUGGUGGCAGGCGUGCCAUGUGAUCGCUGGGGCUACAGGACUGAUACCCAGUCAGUUCUUGGAAGAGAAGAGGAAAGCUUUUGUCCCCCGAGACUUUGAUGGGUCAGGGAUCCUUUGUGGAACCAUAGCUGGAAAAAAGAAAAAGAAGAUGAUGUACCUGACAGCCAAGAAUGCAGAGUUUGACAGACACGAGCUGCAGAUCUAUGAAGAGGUGGCGAAGGUGCCAGCUUUCCAGAGGAAGACGCUAGUUCUGAUUGGUGCUCAGGGCGUGGGCCGGCGCAGCCUAAAGAACCGGCUGAUGGUCCUCCAACCCACACGCUUCGGCACCACUAUGCCAUUCACUUCAAGGCGGCCACGUGACGAUGAGCUGGACGGCAACUCUUACCACUUCACCACAAGGACAGAGAUGGAGGGGGAAGUGAAAGCCGGUCGGUUCCUGGAGCAUGGCGAGUACGACGGGAACCUGUACGGCACCAAGAUCGAGUCCAUCCACGAGGUGGUGGGCACGGGACGCACCUGCAUCCUGGACGUCAACCCACAGGCUCUGAAGGUGCUGAAAACAGCGGAGUUCAUGCCUUACGUGGUGUUCAUUGCAGCGCCAGAUUUUGAUACUCUCAAGGCGAUGCACAAAGCUGUGGUGGACGCAGGCAUCACCACUAAGCAACUCACAGAUGUGGACCUGAGGAAGACGGUGGAUGAGAGCGCGCGGAUCCAGAGGGCGUACAGCCACUACUUCGACCUGACCAUCGCCAACGACAACCUGGACAAGGCCUUCGAGGCGUUACAGGCCGAUGUAGACAAACUGUGCAGUGAACCCCAGUGGGUUCCGGUGAACUGGGUGUACUGAGGAGGGUCGCACUGAUCCCCCCCCCAGCCAGCAUGUCUGUGACCACAAGGCCAAAGAAGAGCAGCAGAGGGCACAGAUACCUCUGCAAAAUAACAUAAAUAAUCAUUUAAAAAAAAUGUACUGCUCUUUCUCCUCUUGGGCCUGCACGCUGUGCAACUUUUUUUCUACUCAAAACUCAAAGGGAAAGAGUGCUUAUUUAUUUUAUAACUUUUUAUGAAAGAUCUUUCUAUUCAAUGUGGAAUUUCAUUGAGAAUGAAACAAAAAAAUCUGGUCACGCACUAACUCGGGCCAUAUUUUUGCAUUAAUUUAUUGUUGUAGUUACAUGUCAAGUUAUUUUGUAGGCAUUACCCUUGGUUUCAUUCGUCAAGGAAAUCCGGGAUUUAUGAUCACCGUCUGACCUCCAGUGUGAAGACAAGGAAGCAGUCGUCGUCCAGGAAACCUGUCACACAUCGUUACCCUGCCUGAGAGACCUGUGUAACCGUUUUAUUUUUACGUCCAAACCACUUAAUCCUUUAGUGUUUUUAUGUAGCUGGUCCUAACUCUUCUGUCAGUGUCCUCCACAGGAUCAACUGGGCAGAAAGAAGGUUAAGAGGCCUGUUUACGCACAACUCCUCACACUUCAUGAUGCAAGAUCAAACUGUCUGUCGAUACAUUUUGUUAGUUUUGUUUUCAUAUACUAGUUUUUCAUCAGUAUGGUGAUUUAUACUUGUAGAUUGUUAUGUUUUUAAUUCUCCUGUUGUCAGCCUGUCGGACCAUCUACAUCAGGGGUGUCAAACUCAAUUUCAUCGAGGGCCACAUCAGCAUUAUGGUUACACUCAAAGGGCCGGUUGUAAC